AUGCUGUUUUGGCUGAAAGAAGAAAUGGCACCUCAGGAACUCACCCGGCGACUGGCCACAGUGAUCACGCAUGUCGAUGAAAUUAUGCAGCAGGAGGUCAGGCCGUUGGUGGCAGUGGAUAUAAUAGAACAACUUCACAGACAGUUCGCCAUUCUUUCGGGAGGUCGAGGGAAGGAUGGUGCCCCCAUCAUCACUUUUCCGGAGUUUGCUGGGUUCAAACGCAUCACAGAUGAAGACUUCCUAAAUGUCAUGACCUACCUGACCAGCAUCCCCAGUGUGGAGGCUGCCAGCAUUGGAUUCGUCAUUAUCAUCGACAGACGAAGGGACAAAUGGAGCUCCAUAAAGGCGUCCUUGACACGAAUAGCUGUGGCAUUUCCAGGAAACUUGCAGCUUAUAUUCAUCCUCCGUCCAUCCCAGUUUAUCCAGAGGACCUUCACUGAGAUUGGCAUUAAAUACUAUCGAGAUGAAUUUAAAAUGAAAGUGCCGAUCAUCAUGUUAAACUCUGUUUCUGACCUUCAUGGCUACAUUGACCGAAGCCAGCUGACACAGGAGCUGGGGGGAACUCUGGAAUACCGCCACAGCCAGUGGAUCAACCACCGCACUGCUAUUGAAAACUUUGCCCUGACUUUGAAGACCACUGCCCAGAUGCUGCAGAAUUUUGGGGCCUUCCUGGCUGUGACAGAGCUGCCCAGAGGCGUGGCAUGCACUGAAGACCUCCUUAUGUCCCACACAAGACAGCGGGACAAACUGCAGGAUGAGUUGAAAUUGCUUGGAAAGCAAGGAGCCACAUUGUUGUCCUGCAUCCAAGAGCCAGCAAUGAAACACUUCACCAGUAAACUCAAUCCCAGUGAACUUGAGAAUGUAGCUACCAUGGAAAGGUUAUUAGUUCAAUUGGAUGAAACAGAGAAAGCCUUUGGUCAGUUCUGGUUCGAUCAUCAACUGAAGCUUAAUCAGUGCCUACAGCUACAGCAUUUUGAGCACAAUUUUUGCAAGGUGAAGCUUGCUCUUGAUCAUCUGCUGGAAGAACAAGCAGAGUUCACAUGCAUUGGAGAGAGUGUGAUGCAUGUGGAGCAACUUCUUAAGGAACACAAAAAACUGGAGGAAAAAGGCCAGGAAUCCAUGGAAAAGGCCCAGCUGCUUGCAUUGGUUGGGGACCAGCUCAUCCAAAAUCACCAUUAUGCAGUGGACAUCAUCAGGCCCAGGUGUGUGGAGCUCAGGCACCUGUGUGAUGACUUCAUCAACGAAAACAAGAAAAAAUAUGACAUUUUAGGAAAGUCUUUGGAGUUGCAUAGACAGCUAGACAAGGUCAGCCAGUGGUGUGAAGCAGGCAUCUUUCUCUUGGCUUCCCAAGCUGUGGACAAGUGCCAGUCUCGAGAGGGGGUUGACAUUGCAUUGAACGACAUUGAGACAUUCCUGAGUACUGCCAAGGAGUGCUGGUUGCUAAACCCUAAGGAAUUUUACAACCAAUUUGAGCUGAUACUCACCCCUGAUGUAAAGGACAAAGCCCAGAAAGUCCUGCAGAAGCUGGGUGACGUGCAGGAAAUCUUUCACAAGAGGCAAGUGAGUCUGAUGAAACUGGCUGCCAAACAGACUCGCCCAGUGCAACCUGUGGCCCCCCAUCCUGAGUCCUCCCCAAAAUGGGUGUCACCAAAAACCAGCCAGCCCUCUGCCCUGGCUCCUCCCCAAAGGACAUCUGAGGAACUUGGUACAGAGGCAGAUUUGAACUCUCUGGAUAAGGAUGACAAUCAGACUAAAUUUGGAAUCAAGAAUGAAGAAAUACUUGAAAGUAACCUUGCUGGCGAGGACUCUGGGCAGGGACAGCUGAACAGUGGACAAGAACUUCCCCCCAGCAGGGCCGGGCCGCCGCCGCCGGGCUCGGCGCGCGUCCCUGAUGGGGAGGGGGCCGGAGCGGGGCGGGCCCAGUCGGGGGCUCCGGGCGCGGACGUGGGCGCGGCGGCCGCGAGCCUAGGCGCAGCCCUGGGCGUCCGGGGCCGAGCGCAGCCGCGAGUUGCCGAGUUGGUUGACUCUGAUGACCCACCGUCCUCCGCCAGCCAGCCAGCCAGCCUCCCGCCUGGCCCCCGACCGCCAGAGGACGCGACCGAGCACUACAAGGCAGUUUCCCAUGAAUAUAAACUUCUCCUGAGGAGAGGGAUGAUGCGUAAACCUUUACGGAACAUGACUGAGAAGAGUGCAAAGCCCCAUACCUCUAUAGGAGGAAAGCUUCAGGUCUGUUGUACAAGAGGGGACACCGCUAUACCAAGACGCAUCAUACGGGACUUGCUUGAAACAGAAGAGAUUUACAUAAAAGAAAUUAAGAGCAUAAUUGAUGGAUAUAUCACUCCACUGGAUUUUAUUUGGCUGAAACAUCUGAUUCCAGACAUUCUUCAGAAUAACAAGGACCUUCUCUUUGGGAAUAUAAGAGAACUUUACGAAUUUCACAACAGGACUUUUCUAAAGGAAUUGGAAAAAUGUACUGAAAACCCUGAACUUCUGGCACGUUGCUUUGUCAAUAGAAAAGAAGACCUUCAAAUAUAUUUUAAAUACCACAAGAAUCUGCCCCGAGCUAGGGCAAUAUGGCAAGAGUGUCAAGACUGUGCCUACUUUGGGGUAUGCCAGCGCCAGUUGGAUCACAAUCUGCCUCUUUUUAAGUAUCUUAGAGGACCAAGCCAAAGACUAAUAAAAUACCAGAUGCUGUUGAAGGCCCUGCUGGAUCUUGAAUCACCUGAAGAUUUGGAGAUAGAUCCAGGUGACCUAGAAGGCUUGGAUAAGGUUGGGCUCCAGAGGACCAAGGAUUCCACAUUCUCAGCUGAACUGCAGCAAGCUUUGACAGUGAUCGAGGAUCUGAUCAGGUCCUGUGAGUUGGCUGAGGGCCUGGCGGCAGUCACUGGAUGUCCGGAUGACAUCGGAAAACUGGGCAAGCUGUUGAUGCAGGGCCCCUUCAACAUCUGGACAAUUCACAAAGAUCGCUACAAAAUGAAGGAUUUUAUUCGAUUUAAGCCCAGCCAGCGGCAAAUCUACCUAUUUGAAAAGGGAAUAGUGUUCUGUAAGAUCCGAAUGGAGCCCAGUGACCAGGGGCUGUCUCCUCAUUACAGCUUCAAGAAGUCUAUGAAGUUGGCGACACUUUCAAUUCGCCAGGUUGGAAGGGGGAGCAAUAAAAAGUUUGAAAUUGCCAGCCGAAGUGGAUUGGAGAAAUACAUCCUGCAGGCCACCUCAAAAGAAAUCAGAGAUUGCUGGUUUUCAGAAAUAAGUAAAUUACUGGUGGAACAAGAAAACAAUGUUAAAGGUAGGGCCAAUCCAAAGCCAGGAGCCUCCUCCAGUAGAAACAGUGGAGUUAAAUGUGUUCCAUGGGUGGAAAACCUAGAAAGAAUCUCCACUAGCAAGCGAGACCCAGUGCCCAGCAAGCAUAGGACUAAAGGCUGCUCUGGCGGGGAGUUGGUCUCCAUGGAAACCACGGAAGGUCGAGAAGGCACAGAAGAUCUGGAAAAGGAAAACAGCGCUCUGAGCCUCUCCGGACUUUUCCAGUUGGACGACGAGGAGGAAACCUGUGCCUCCAAGCCAGUUCUCCCGGAAAGGGGAGAAAGCCCCCGAGCAGAGAAGCAAGACGGCGACGAGGAGGAGAGGGCUGUGAGCCGCACCACUGAAGAGCGCGCCCCGGUGUCCCAUGGCGUGCAGGCCGCUGCGGGGCAGACGGCGGGUUUCCCGGCAAAGGCCGAGCAGGCAAGGGCAGGACGCCUGAGACCCUCCUGCUCCGUUGAUCCUUGA